CCGUCAUCACUGAUGACUGAUGACGGUCAUCAGUCAACCUCCUCUGUGUGGCUCUGCAAAACGGAACAUCAGAAGAGUCGUCGCAAAGUUUUCGCCCAUCAGCCAGCAGCUCCCUCCGCUCGGUAUCGAAGAAUAAUAAUUUUCGAGCUCGUUUGUGGCUGCCCCCCGUGCAUGUGUGUCGUGGCGUUAUGAAAAGUGCUUGCGAAUAGAUUGUGCGGAUUUUGGUUUCGGUUCGUUCUCCUGCGGAAAUUGAUCACGGUACCAGUCGGUAGUGUCGGAACCAGAGCAUCCGAUCGGAAAAGUGCUACGAUUUGGGGUGAUUUUUGUGUGCGGAAGAAGAAGAUAGUGUGCCGAAAGGGCCAUAAAACUUCGAGAAGGAAUUGAUUUUCCCUAAGGGAUUUAGCUGCAUAUCGUCGCAGAAAGCGGCUCGGAGCAUUUACCCAGCAGAUCACCGGUUCCUUUGCGGACACUCGACGAUUGCUGUGCAGAUUGAAGCUACGAUAGACCGCCAUGGCCGAUUACUUUGAAGAGCUUGGCUGCGAGCCGAUUUCAGUGGAACAAUCCGAGAACCAUCAGUUGAUGUUGAUGGUUCGCUUCCUACAGCAGAACGGAUUCUUUGCCGAUGAGUUCCAGUCGGACACGCUGCCGCCACCGGCCUCCAAAGAAGUGGUCAAAAAUCUACCGGAAAAGGUCGUCACCAAGGACGAUGAACGGUGUACCAUUUGCAUCAAGCCGAACGAAGAGGAGAACGAGAUAUUCCUGGUGCUGCCCUGCAAGCACGAUUUUCAUAAGUCCUGCAUUAUGCCGUGGUUGGAAAAGACAAACAGCUGUCCACUUUGCAGACAUGAGCUGUUGACCGAUGACGAAAACUACGAACAGCAGAAGAAAUUCCGAGAACGCGCCGCCAGACGGGAACAGGAGAUCGAAGAGUUGCAUAAUUCCAUGUACGGUUGAUGUAACAAUACCAAACAGGGCGUGAAAUAUCUGUUUUGGGUAUGGUUCCGGUUUUAUCUUAACAAGGCGGUGUCGGUUUGUGGUCAAAGGUCAUGGAUUCAAUAAAUUAAACGUAUCAUGGAA